CCAGGAUGCCGAGCAGCUGCAGGGCUGGCAGAGCCGGCGAGCUCGGCUGUCCUUGCGGCUCUCCGAAGACAGCAACAGCAACAGGAUGUUCAUGGUGAGAAGCGCCAGCCCCGAGCCCUGAGCCCUGAGCCCUGAGCCCCGGAGGAGAGCCCGGCCCUGCGACGGCAGCAAGAGGACCGGCGCUGUCCCCGACAAAGCCCGGUCCCCACGGGGCCCGCACGCGGCCGCACCCCAGCCGUCGCCCAGCCCCUGCUCCCAGCUCUCCUGGGGCGCUGGGAGCAGCAGGGCUGAGCGGGGCCGUCGCAGCCCUCGCGGUGGCUGACGUGCUGCCCUUCCUCCCACAGAUCUUCAUGAAGUACCUGCAGCCCUCGGAACGCCUGGGCCAGAGCAUGAGAGCCGUCCAGAGCAUGAGAGCCCCGAGUCCCCACAGCACCGAGCUGGCUGCCCACAUGGUGGACGUGCUGGCGGCAGAGACCGACUUCCAUUCGGGACAGGUGCUCCACAUCGUGUGGGCCAUCUACAGAAGCCUGCCGUCCGUCAGAGCCGCGCUGGCCCUUCAGAGCCUGGACAGGGCCCUGCUGCUGCUGGCCAGCAAGCGCCCCAGGGAGACGGUUGCCAGCCUGCUGCAGUGCUCGCUGACCUGCACCAGCGUCGCCGUCACCAUGUGGAGGGCGAUGGUGUCUGAGCCCCCAGCCACAGAGAGGGUGCUGCGCGAGCUGCUCCGCAUCCUCAUGAACCAGUCUGGCUGCAAGACAUCCACCUCCACCAAGGACCACCCGCGCAUCCUGGCCCUGGCCGCAGCAAGGCCCCUCCACGAGAUCCUCCUGCUGCCUACCAGCCGGGGGGAGGCGAAGGCCAUUUUCCCCCAGCUCUUCCUGGCCCUCCUCUUCCAAGUGUCCUUCACCACGGAGCUGAAGCUGCAGGAGGUGCAGGUCUUCUGGGAGAAGCACCGGCAGGACCUGCUCACUCCCGUCAGGUCCACGGUGCAGGCCCUGAAAGCGCUGCUCCGCAGCGUGGGCCUGGGGAGCCCGGUGCUGGCCAUCGAGGCGCAGGGCGGCUGGGCCGCGCUUCUCAGCGCCGAGAGCCACCUCUGGGGCGUGCAGGUGGUGGCCAGGGAAAUGAAGGAGUUGCCCAGGAGCCUGCGCGCCACCAUCAUCCACCAGCUGGUUGAGCUGCUCCGCACGGAGGCCUCCUCCUGGCAGACGGUGGCCAUGGUCAUCCUCAGCAAGCUGCUGGAGUGCACAGAGCUCGGCGACGAGCUGGACUGCGUCGCGAGCCUCUUUGCCAGCUACCUGCGGAGCCCGUGCCUGGGCAUGCAGAGCCUGGUGCUCAGGGCGAUCCUGGGGCUCACCGAGAGGCCGGCCACGGUGAGCGGGGGCAGCCGGCAACGCCACGAGUGCCGCGGCUUGGGCUGGGCUGGCCCCGGGCUCUUGUGGCUCGGCACCUUGCCAGGCAGCGGGGAGGUCAAGGGGCGUAGGGCGGGCUGGGAGAGUGUUUUCGCCCAGGGGGCAGUCCUUGCUUUCCCCAAAGGAAGGUGUUUUGUUCACACAGGCGAGGCAAACGCUCCUCCUGCUGCCGAGCAUCACGGAGCAGCUGCAGGCUGCAGACAGCGACACCCGCGCUGUCGCUCUGCCCGUGCUCAGCACCAUGCUGCGGCUCCUGGAGGGGAGGACGCUCAGCCUCGCGGCUCUGGAGCUGGCCGGCAAGCUCCCAGCCCUCUUUGGCGAUGUAAGGCUGCGUCCCCAUGGCUGUGUCCCUGGGACAGCCCGCUGGGGGCUCUCCCUGCCCGCUUCCCAGCCCUGGGCGCCGCGAGCCCUUGGGCAGGCUCAUUUGGGAGCGCUUUUGGGGGAUCGGGGACUUUGCCCACAGCAGGACCCAUGUCCUCCUCUCGCCCUCCCCAGGACUCAAGUACGGUGCGGCUUCUCUCUAUUCGCCUCUUCCUCGACACGCUGGGCUUUGUGGAGGGCAGCCAAGAGAAGCUGCAGCAGGUGGCACACAGGAGCCUGCUCCCGCUGUCCCUCCACCUGCACGACCAGGACGAGAGCGUGGCCGAGGCCUCCCGGGAAGCCCUCCUUGGUGUUGCGCGCUUCCUGCGCUGGAGGCAGCUGGCGCACCUGGCCGAGACGCUGCAGAGCUGGAAGAUCGGCGAGUGCCUGCUGGCCAGGAGGAGCAGCGCAGCAGAGGAGUACCUGGCCCAGAGCCUGCCCUACCUGCAGAGCCUGCAGGAGCCCCUGCGGCGGGAGGCUGUGAGGUUCACUGGUGAGCCGCGAGCCUGGCGUCCCCCGUCCCUGUGCCUUCGUGCUGCGCCCCGGGGAGCAGCCGGGGGCGCUGACAGGCCGUGUGUCCCCAGGGCUCGUGGGGAGGCACCUGCUGGAUCAGCACCAGAGCAAGAGCCAGGACAUCUGCCAAGUCCUGCGAGGCUUGGCAAACGACCCCAGCGAAUCGGUCUCGUCGCUGGCGAUUCAGACGGUGCUGAUCCUGCAAGCACCAAGGCCACGCUCGCGCUUCAGCUUUCGGCAGCUGUGCUCCAAGCUGCAGAAGGCGUGGAGGAGGCGACGCUCUUCCCCGGCAGGCAGCUGAGCGUGCUGGAAAGCUCCCGGCAUCUCCUCCUGCCUGCGGCGCAGCCCCGCUCCCCGGGCACGUUCCCUCCACUUCUCCGGCCUUCUGCGUGCCGGGGGCACGCCCGAAGCAGCUCCCAAAGCCCAUGAACAACAGGGCUUCAGCCGGCGCCUCUCCAGCAGCGAGCCUGCUCCAAGACCCCCGCUUCGGCCUGGGACACUGCCAGGGAUGGCACAGCCGCAGCUCCACUGGGCCACCCGCCCUCAGCGCGGAAAGUGGCCUCCUCCUCCUCCUCGUUGCCAUCAGAGCUGGCCAGCAGCAUCCUCAGCUACACGCAGGCUGUGCCUCCCCAGCCCCGGGGGCACUGUGCAGCCCUCCCUGGAGCGCAGCUCUGCGCACACGCCCCACGCCUGGGGGCCUCGCUCUUUUGCCCUCUCUCUGGCCUUUCGCGCGGUCUCACCCAUUUUCUUUCCCUUCCCUUCCCUGCCCUGCCCUUCCCUGCCUGCCCUGCCCUGCCCUGCCCUGCCCUUCCUGCCCUGCCCAUCCCUUCAUUUUUUCCUCCCUCUUCCUUUUCCCUUUAAUUAAACUUUUUGUAUCUCAAAAUGCCCUCUCUCUGGCCUUUCGCGCGGUCUCACCCAUUUUCUUCCCUUCCCUUCCCUUCCCUUCCCUUCCCUUCCCUUCCCUUCCCUUCCCUUCCCUUCCCUUCCCUUCC